GUCAUUUUGAGGCCAGCGAAAUAACUUUUAACUUACAGUAUCGGUUUCGUUUUAUAUUUGCUAAAGCUGGCUGUUCUUCCUGCUCAGAUACAACACGAAAUCAGCGGAAUAUAUAAAAUGGACAAGUAGGUAAGUGAUGUCGUCGUGUUAAAUAAUAUAAAAUAACAUUUAUAAAUUAUUUGGUAUAAAGGAAGCUGAAAAGUUCAUCUUCUAAAACUGGCCGAAAGAUACUGGUGUUUUCAUCUACUUUGUUGAAACCUUUAAGGAAAAGCUUCAAUGAUAUAUUUUUAUAUCAUGUGAGUUGAUAUCGCCAACCCUCAUCAACGCUCAUCCUCCUUUGAGCAGGCCUUAUUAUUAAACUACCUGAAAAAUACAAGAAACCUUCGACGUUUCGAGCGAAGGCCCUUCACUUAAAACCUACAACCGAAGGCCCUUCACUCAAAACCAUGCUGAACUAACCGUCUCGCGUGGCAGCUAGCUCAACAAAGUUUCUCUCGUGUGCGGAUUGUUUUCGUGAGGAUUUGACCUCGAGGCCUUGAGGAAAAUAUCUAUCGUGUUUGAUAUUUUUCACCUCGACGACUUCGCCAGGAAAAAUUUCAUUUUCUCAACGUUUGCGAAUGUUGCAAGCUGCUUGAAUAAAUUAGCCAAUGAGAAACCACAGUUUCUUCAUGUGAUUUUGAACAAAAUGGAGGAAAAUUCAAAUCAUUUUGUCAAUUAUGUUGUUAUUGAGUAGUUCUUCCAACGUAUAUGCAGUGAAAAUUCAUAGCUGAGCUAGCUGCCACACGAGGCGGUUAGGUUAGCGAGUUUCUCUUGUGUGCGGCAGGCUUAAAGGCCGAGACACACCAGACGCGAUUCAACAAUGCCGCACGAUUUUUCACUUUUGGAAAGUUAACAAAACAGCCAAUGAAAGGAAUUUUGAAAAAAUAUGUACAUAGACCAAAUAACUGAAAAUGUUAUAAAUAUUUCCAAAUGUUUAUAACAUUUUGCUUCUAAAUAUUUGGAAAACUUAAACCAGGAUCAAAGUGACAAUUGAAAGUUUAAUAUCAGUCAGUGAAAAUCGAAAAAUGAUUGCAUAUGUGACAAUUAUUGAUCAUGACAAACUAAAACUUUCAUGCAUGCAUAAAUUAAAUAUCGUGCCUGAUAAAUUAAUAUUAACUGUGACAUAUCUUGUAUUUGCAUGUAUGUAAAGUUAUGUAUUGCCCCCUAUGGUUUUGCAAAAUUCUUGCAUAUUUUUUUAUUUUAUUUUCAAUUCAUUAAGUGUUCUCUUGUGUUUUGUUUUGAAAGAUUUCUUUGUGUUUUCUUAAUACUGCUUUGAUUGCAAAGAAAAGAACAUAUACUAUUAUUAAUGCUGUUAUGAUGACCAUAAUUGAUGACUAAAAUAUAUUCAAAAGCUAGAAUUAUAUUAAAAUGUUCCUUGUUGGAGUUGCCGUUGUUGUUAAAGAUGCGGUACAGUCCGAUCUGCGCAUGUGCACACAGGAGCCCUCUUUUUAUUAUACAAACAGUUUAUUAAGUUUUUUUUCAUUUUAUGUUCUUGCAAAGCUUGAUUUUUUGUCUUGGUAAUUUAUUAUACUCUAGAAUCAAUAGAAUAGAAUUCAAUAUUUUUGGAUACCAAAAUGUAAACAAAGCCUUUGUUUACAUACGGACUGUACCGCAUCUUUAACAUAGCCUAAUAAUGAAUAUUACAAAGUAGUGAGUAAAUCCCAAAAGGGAUGGGUACAAUACCAAUAUCAAAUAUGAAUAAUAGAAGAAUUAUCAAUACUUUUGAUAGUUGGGAAAAGUAUGGUAAUUUCUAUAACUCUUUGAACCUGUGAUAUGUUUGGUCAGCAUUUAUAAAAAUCACAGAAAUGUGGGGAGUGUAUCGACUGAAAUGUGUAGUAUCGUACUUGGUAUUGUAUUGAAUUUAAAAAGCUGGUAUCGCCUGUCCCUACAUACCAAAGACUUAGAGGUAUUGUGUAGUGUUUUUCAAGCUCUGUUGUAUAACCACAGACAUUGGAAUACCAAUCAAAACUGUUUCUGCAAGCAUUGUUUAAUAAAGCAUUUCGAUUUUACCCAGAGAAAGAUAUUUUACAUUUCUUGUUUCUAUGACUAUCAGUCUAUCAGGCUUUCACGAGGAAAACACUAAAUAUUUUACUCUUAUAUUAAUUAUACAAAUUUAAAAUCAAAGUUUGUAUUAGUGAAGAUUACAUUUGGCUUUAUUUAUCAAAUAUCAGUGAAUUAAAUCUAAGCUUAGGUGUACAACAUUUGGCUAAUUGAUGUUUUUUAUUUCAUCCCGUGCAAAAUCUAUACUGAGUAUUGAUGAUUAUGUAUUUAGACUAUACAUCAGUCUAAUGCUUCGGGUAUCCCAGGAUACAAUGGGACUGAAGUGAUGACAAUGAUGAGAACCUCCACAUCCUCAUAAAUGAACCAAUAUGUUGUAAUGGUAUACAUCCUGAUCUUCAGUACAUACUCCAAAACUGUUACCUAUAUUCAAGCAGAUAAGAUUAAAUAAAAUAAUUGUUAAGUGUAGUAAGUACUACACUUAACAAUUUAAUCAUUAUAAUUAUUUUAUUUAAUUAUUAUAAUUAUUAUAUUUUAAUUAUUAUAUUUAAUUUUAUUUAAUUUUAUUUAAUUAUUAUUAUAAUUAUUUUAUUUAAUUAUUUUAUUUAUUUUAUUUAAUUAUUUUAUUUAAUUAUUUUAUUAUUUUAUUUUAUUUAAUUUAAUUAUUUUAUUUUAUACAGUACUGUAAGAAAUGUUUAGUCCAGGGCAUUAAACUGCUCACAUGCCACCUCAAGAGUCGUGCACCCUCAUAGGUUAACUAAACUAUCUGCCAAUGUGGCUUGUUAACGUAAUAAGCCACAAUGGGCCAACUUUAUUAUAUCUCACUCUCUUAUUCAGACGUGUUUUAAGGCAUGUGUUACUGUAGGUGUGCUUGCUUAAACAAGCACUUUUUCAGGGUCUGUGUUAUGUGUUUGCUUUGCAUUAGCUUACAGUAUUUAUAUUUUUUCAAAAAUUGCACAAUUGUGGUUAGGUCUAUUUAUUCUGCAAUGGACAGCUUUUCUCAACACUGAUAUUAUCUUUUCAUUUUCAGGUUUAAUGUUGGGAUGUACACUAGAGCAACCAUUCAUGAGCAAUGAAAGAGGAGUCUAUAAAUGCUCUUCAUUAAGGUAAGGCAGGAAUAGAUUCACUCAGGGGUGGGUGCAAAGGUGUGGGCAUUCCUCCAAAUCUCUGAAAAGGGUUAGUUGCAGGGUUUGAGAUUUGAAUUUCUUCCUGGAAUCGGAUGUGGAUACCCACCCGAUUAGCGCGUUUGACGCCGGCUGACAGCCGGAAAUUUUGUCUCCGAUUGCUCGGCUGCCAGCCGGGCUGUACUAUAGUAUACUAUUCGUUCAAAAAAUGCGCGCAUUUCGGAGACUGGUUCUAGAAUGUUUCAUAAGAAGAAAACCAUCAAAAUUACAUUAAAUUUUCCGAAAAUCAUCGAAAUGCAUCUAAAUUCAUCUUCCCAAUGCAUAUAGCUAGCUAUGCGACAGGUAAAUAAACGAGGAAAAAAACAAUUUCGGCAAAAAGAAAAAUUCAAAUUCGUUUGCGCGCAUUCCGGGACAGAACUCACGACCUUCAGCAUACACGCUGAGUCUUGUCCCUCUGCGCCACCACGUCUUACACAAAAAAUAUGUUAAUUUAUUGUAUAUAUACAGGUUAUUCUUAGCCAGCGCGAUUAAAGAUUGCGUAAAUACGUACACGGCCAAGGGUACAGUAGCGGCCGAGCCGUAUCUACACUUUAAUACAAUACUUACAAUACAUCGCGGCAUAGAUCACGGCUUCCAGCCGGGGUUAUUUAACUGUAAUACAAUACUACCAUGCAAUACGAGUGUCAGCCAAGCCUGUCGGUAGUAUACUGUAGUAUACUACGAUACUUCACGGCUACCAGCCGACAAUACGCGGCUAUCAGCCGGGCCUGUCUGUAGUAUACUAUAGUAUACUACAAUACAUCGCGGGUACCAGCCGGCAAUAUGGCUAUCAGCCGGGCGUGUUUGUAGUAUACUAUAGUAUAUUACAGACAGGCCCGGCUGAUAACCGUAUUGACCGUAUUGCCGGCUGGUAGCCGCGAUGUAUUGUAGUAUACUACAGUAUACUACAGUAUACUACCGACAAGCUCGGCUGACACUCCUAUUGCAUUAUAGUAUUUUAUUACAGUUAAAUAACCCCGGCUGGUAGCCGUGAUGUAUUGUAGUAUACUAUAGUAUACUACAGACAGGCCCGGCUGAUAGCCGUGUUGUCGGCUGGUAGCCGUAUUGUCGGCUGGUAGCCGUGAAGUAUCGUAGUAUACUACAGUAUACUACCGACAGGCUUGGCUGACACUCGUAUUGCAUCGUAGUAUUGUAUUACAGUUAAAUAACCCCGGCUGGAAGCCGUGAUCUAUGCCGCGAUGUAUUGUAAGUAUUGUAUUAAAGUGUAGAUACGGCUCGGCUGCUACUGUACCCUUGGCCGUGUACGAUGGUGUACGUAUUUACGCAAUCUUUAAUCGCGCUGGCUAAGAAUAACCUGUAUCUAUACAAUAAAUUAACAUAUUUUUCGUGUAAGACGUGGUGGCGCAGAGGGACAAGACUCAGUGCAUAUGCUGAAGGUCGUGAGUUCGGUCCCGGAGUGCGCGCAAAUGAAUUUGAAAUUUUCUUUUUGCCGAAAUUGUUUUUUUUUCUCGUUUAUUUACCUGUCGCAUAGCUAGCUAUAUGCGUUGGGAAGAUGAAUUUAGACGCAUUUCGAUGAUUUUCGGAAAAUUUAAUGUAAUUUUGGUGGUUUUCUGCUUAUGAAACAUUCUAGAACCAGUCUCCGUAAUGCGCGCAUUUUUUGAACGAACAGUAUACUAUAGUACAGCCCGGCUGGCAGCCGAGCAAUCGGAGACAAAAUUUCCGGCUGUCAGCCGGCGUCAAACGCACUAAUCGGGUGGGAUACCUGAGUGAUUCCUAAUCUGGUAUCCAAACGGAAAAUCUGCUAUUCAAGUUCUCAAAAAAAGGCUUUCAGUGUAUUAUAUGGUUUAGUUGCCAUGAACUCAAACAUUUGCUAUUUGUAAGAGGUUUGCCAUUAAUAAUAGAGUUUGAUCAUGGUAAUGGCUACAAUAACUACAAUGUCAGAACUUUUGUAAUUGUCUUGAUCAAACCACAGGCCUUAGAACCAAUUCAAUUUGACAACAGUAGUAUUCUAUCUAAAUAGCAUUUAAGAUAGAGUGUACAGCACCUGAAUUAUUCAACUUCUUGCAUGACAGUGCUUCUAAAUCAAUAAUGUAUAAUGCAAUAUUACGUAUAAUGCAAAUACUGUAUAUUUGCAAAAUCUACCAUACUUAUUUUCAUUAGAACCCAAGAACAGAAAGCUUGCGAAAGCUUGUGAUUUCCACUGAUAAUAAAAGAGUAGGAUUAUCCAAUUAUUUCAUUGUUUGAAGCAAGAGGGAGCAAUACUUCUGUUCAUAUAUAGUAUGGCAUAAAUGUGUUACCUACUUCCUUAUAUGGCACAAAGAUUCUUCCCGCUUGGAACGAUUUGAACAGGUCAUGUGUUAUAGAACCCAGACAGCUGAUUGGGUUAGCAACUGACAACACCCACUUUGAUCCUACCCUCCUAUUAUCAGUGGAAAUCACAGGCAUGACAUCAGAAGUGUGACAUAUAUUUUGCGUCAGCCUUGAAAGCUUGGGUUCUAAUGUAAAUAAAUAUGGUGGAUUUUGAAAAUAUACAGUAUUUGCAUAAUAUGUAAAUGUGUUUUAUGGAUUUAGACGCACUACCAAGCAAGAUACUGAAUAACAUAGGUGAUGUACACUCUUAUUUUAACUGCUAUUUAGAUAGAAUAAUACUGUUGUCAAAUUGAAUUGGUCCUAAAGCCUGUGAUCAAACAUGUUGCUAUGAAAAUGGCUCAGGUAGGCAACACCUUGUUGCCUAUCCAAUUUGGAUACCAAGGUCUUGACAUCUGGUAUCCAAAACACAAAAUUGGUAUUGUCAGGAUACAAGGAUACUGCAAAUCUCAAACCCUUGCAAGCUAGGUCCCUGGUCCCUGUGACCCCAAAACACUGCUACCCAUAGCUUCUGCUUCUAAAUUCCAACAUACCAUACCUUUAUCCUGUUCAAAUUGUUUUUUGUUCUCUAUUAAUGCUCGGAAUGUAAGAAAUUUCUGAAACAAAAUGUUGUGGUGGAAAUUAGUGUCACCAUACAUGAUAAAAGUAGCACCUCUGCCAAUAUUAAUACAUGUGGUAACAUUACGGCAUUAAAAUACAUUCUAUUAUAUUACAUUAUAAGGACUUUACAAGCUGAGAGCCAUUGUCCUUAAAAUUUUAAUAUGGCCUUGGGCUUAUACUGUAGUUGACAAAAGUUAUACAGUAGUUCCAGUUCUGUCCAAAUCAUGAUUAGGACGAGUUACACAUUUCCGGUCCUCACAGGAAAGGCUGUAUUUGUUUUGUUUGUUUGGAAGAAAGCAAUUUCUAGGGAAAGUGAGAGUGCCCUCCCCUCCUAUGGGCUUGUUUCCCCCCGUUUUCGAACACCCCUGACACCACCUGGCCUAUAUGGAGGACGUGAGAAGUUUUGCAAUUGCGUUAUGUCAGAGCACUUCCGGUUUGUAACGGGCAUUGUUUUUACGAUUUUACCGUUCAUUUUUUAACGUACCAAUCAUUUUGAGUAGCGUAUCUCACGUUUGUACAAUUGCCAACUGAGCAACUUGACUUUGGGUUUUAUUCGUUUCAAAAUUUGGACAAGUCAGAGGUGCGAGAAUAUACAGAUUUUUGGUUUUGCGAUAUAUCAACGAAUACCCAAUUUUAUGAAAUAAAAAUCUAAUACAAAAUCUAAUACACACCUUAGUACGUGAAUGAAACAAUUAACAUUAAAUUUUACCUACCUUUAAAACUAUUUUCGAUUUUAUACAGCUGGUAUGGUGUAAUACCAGAAAAAUUAAAACAAGAUGGCUUUGUUACCAGGCCUCUGUUGGAGCGAUGUUUGUAACUGCGUUUCAUAAUUUAUGUUUAUAUGUUACCCCUUCUACAUCUACUUGUACUGUAUCUAUUUUAUCAAUUUAGCAUACUUAUGGCGACACCAUGUACAGUAUUUGAAUAUCUACUAAUUCUACUUGAUGAUUUAGUAUUCGACUAUUUUACUUUCUUAUACCAAAUGUCACCCUUUGAGAAAUGUUAAUUAGUGUUGUGAUAACUUGGGCACAACACAUAACAUCGGAAGAUGUAUGGUGGUUUUAAUGCUUAAAUAUAGGUAAUAAGAAACAUAUUAGUGUUAAAAUGGCUUUAGAUGCAAAAUAUUUCACCGCUAUGUUUAAUUUAUCAACUUGAGUGUAUUACGGAACUACAAGUAAGAUUUGAGCCAUUUUUAAAAAAUAACAUCGCUCAAGAGGUGUGCCUUCGUGAUUAUCCGGAAACAUUUACCGAGACGCAGAUCCCGAUGAUUACUGAAGUGAUAAUUACAAAUUUUAAAUCAGGUUUAAGAUGUGGCAUAGGGUACGAUAAGAUUUUUAUCCGUACCUGGCUGGCAUUUUAAUGAUCAUUGCCACGUACUUGAGCUGAUACGAACCUAAGGCUAAAGGUGUACUUACUGUAGAAGAAGAAAUGAAGUACUAUACAGGUUUCUCAAAGGUGUUCAUUCGGUAACCUGAAACUACGGAUAAGAGCAAGAAGCACAAUUGCAUUAUACAGACACUACAAUUGUCUCCAAGCAUUCCUUAGUUCCAUCAGUCCAGUCGUGUUUCAUGCCAAGACAUGCCAGACGUACACAUACAUGUAUACAGAUUUAUUACGGCUUUGAAUACUUAAUUUGGUUGUGCAAAAGUCAUAUAGCAGAGCGCAAGUACAGUAUGUUGACUGCGAGAGUACCUGUGUGGUACGUGGCUGGAAAGAAAGAAGUACCAGGCCGUAAUAUUGGCGUAGCUCUGGUACGCCAAUAGAACGCGAAUUAUCGCACCCUGUGCGUAGCUCAUCUGGACAGUAGAUUAACUUAAUUUUACUGGUAUUCGCGCCAACUCUAUAUUGUAGCUUUUCUGAUGCUAAAGCCACUGAUUUGUUAUUUUGUUCCAGGCUAGCUGCUGAAGAUUUAUUAAACCAUAUUGCUGGAUAUGGAAAACCUGAAACGUUGUCACAUCUGUGUGUCGCAGGAUCAAAACAUCAAGAUCUCAAUUUCCCUUGCAGUGCUUAACGAUAGAUCUAGAGCAAUAGUUUCAAAAACGUAACUUCAUAAAAUUGCAAUGAUGAUACUGUACGGAUGGCAAGAUGCUCUUAGCACGUUACCAUUACCACCGAGUUAAGCCCCCAAUUCCUGUUGUUUUAGUAUGGUGUUUUGCGUUUAGUUUUACUUUAGUUCUAGUGGACAAAUUUAUUUUGGUAUGACUAGCCCCGUUAGUGACUACCCUGCACUCAGUUAAUAUGCUUGAAAACUUAGUUUGGUGGAAUUCUGGUUAGUUCUCUCCAGUACUUCAAAGGUUUUACUCCGAUCUUCUUUCCUUACCAAAACCUAACCCUUCCACCUCUAAUUCAGUAGCUCUGCUUCUUGAUCGAGCGAUAAUGCUGUGCAAACGCCGGUUUUUCAGCUCCAGAAUCGGCUCCGGCGCUUUACAACUCAAAUCGAUCCGGCUGCGUUUGUUCACAACACAGGGAUUAUAUAAAGUCUAUAACCAGAUAGUGGCAGAUAUCAUUCGACUCAAUUUUAUCCCCAAGGUAAGCUGGCGUAUAUCAAAGCAUGAUCCAUAAAUAGAUCACAGACAUAAGGGCUUAUUACAAUUUGAACAUUGGCAGUGGCGAAAAAUGGCGAAAUAGUUUGACAAAUAUGACUUCAGAUUUUAUUACUUUCAAAUAAUUCAAUGUUGCCAUUAUUGGUAGCCAACGUUAAUUAUACGAAAUUGUCACAUUUCUGACCUUCCAGCCGGAGCUGAGAGAAAGCACAGCAACUGCGGCUCCGGUUGACAAAAACGGCCUUCGAUGCACAGCACUGCAGGUCAUAGGCAUAGUCUGCAGGCCAUAGUCGCAGUGAACCUUCGACUCGCUCAUGUUUGAGUCGCUUCGUUUCUAACACAGCUCUCAGCUGCAACGAAACACGGUUAACACCACCUGACAGUAACAAUGAUACUACUUCCUCUAAUUCAUUUGCAGAGAUACAGUAAAUGGAGUGAAAACGUCGUGUACAUAAACACAGAUAUACAGUAUUUAUGUAUGAAAGUUAAUAAAUUUAAGCCAAAACAAUUUGUAGCUACUAUUCAGGGCUUGAAAUAACGUUCCAAAAUUUUCCGAUCAUGGUAUUCGGUAGUGAUAACUUUUUACGAUUGGAAACCCUGCUCUUUCGCCCACCAUAAACAAUUUGUUGCUGAUCGGUGAUCACCUGUGAUUUCAAACUCUAGUAAUUUGUUGGUACAGAGAUAUUAAUAAAAUUGUUGAAAACAUUUUAUGUAUUAUGGAUUUUGGGCAAGUAAUUGUAAUGUUCGUUGUGGUUUUUCUCUUUCCUAAGC